GAGACCCCUCCGUCUAACCAUAGCACGAUUGGGGAAAGUUCGAACGCAACCCCGCGAUUCUUCCCGAUUGGACUGUGGCUCGGCCUUGGUCGGUGGCACUGCAUCAAGCGCGCGAUUGUCUAAGAGUUUUUUUUUUCUUUUUUUUUCCCUUGUGACGCUGCAGGAUCGAAAAUUUUAAGUAACCCAGAGGAAACCCAGCACCGUCUGGUUUCUCUUUUCCUCUAGUCACUAUGGGCGACAUGGCGAACGAGAUCAAAUUGCUCUCGGGCAACAGCCACCCGAGCCUGGCUAAAGCCGUGGCCGAUCGGCUCGGCAUUGAGAUCGCAAAGACUAUGAGUCUGAAUUAUUCAAACCAAGAAACCAGCGUUACGGUCGGCGAAUCUGUUAGAGAUGAGGAUGUCUUCAUCCUGCAAUCCACUGCCCCGGGCGAUAUUAACGAUGGUUUAAUGGAGCUCCUAAUUAUGAUCCAUGCCUGCCGCACGGCGUCUGCGCGGCGCAUCACCGCCGUGAUUCCCAACUUCCCGUACGCGCGCCAGGACAAGAAGGACAAGAGUCGAGCGCCUAUCUCCGCCAAGCUGAUCGCAAACAUGCUGCAGACCGCCGGCUGCAACCACGUCAUCACCAUGGAUCUCCAUGCCUCACAGAUUCAAGGUUUCUUCAACGUCCCCGUCGACAACCUGUACGCUGAGCCGAGCGUCCUGCGCUGGAUCCGCGAAAACCUCGCUGGUCAGGAGACCGUCAUCGUGAGCCCGGAUGCUGGUGGUGCGAAGAGGGCUACAUCCAUCGCGGAUCGUCUCGACCGUGGUUUUGCGCUCAUCCACAAGGAACGCCCCCGACCUAAUGUCGUAGGCAGGAUGGUUCUGGUCGGUGACGUGGUAGACAAGGUCGCAAUUCUGGUCGACGACAUGGCGGAUACCUGCGGUACCUUAGCUAAAGCAGCAGCCACGGUCAAAGACCACGGCGCACGCGAGGUCAUCGCCGUCGUCACCCACGGCAUCUUGAGCGGAGACGCCAUCACCACCCUGAACAACAGCUGCCUGAGCCAGAUCGUCGUCACCAACACUGUGCCCCUGGGAGAUAAGGUCCAGCGGUGCAAGAAGCUAAGAGUGAUCGACGUGAGCCCUACGAUAGCCGAAGCUAUCCGACGGACUCACAAUGGCGAGAGCGUUAGCUUCCUGUUCACCCACGCUCCGGUCUGAUAUGUUAUAUAUACGCAUACUAGGGGAGGAGUUAAAUA